AUGAAAAAUUUAGAUUUCUUCAGAACUCCAAAAUCAAGUAGCACUAAGUCUACUGUCUGUGGAGGCAUAAUCUCUUUAAUCUCAUUGCUUAUCCUCAUGCUAGUUGUUGUAUACCAGAUCGUUAACUUUGAGAAUAAGUCUGCGCUCCAGGGUUCUCUUAAUUCUGUUAUUAACCAAGUCAAGGUAGAAAAUGAUCAUAUCCAUGGCAAUUUAGCGAUAAUGGAAAUGAAUCUUACUCUUUACGAUAUCUCAUGACUUAUAAUUAACCCGAUGAUCACUUCAGAAGUCGACAGCAGUAUUAUCUCUGUUAAUAAUGUAUUCCAUAAAGUCAGGAUUUUCGAAGAGGACGGUGUUACUAAAUAUCUGGCAGACAACACAUUCGAAGAAGAACUCGAAAAAAUAGAUGAUGAGAAAGAAAUAAUAGAUCUGAUUAAGAAAAGUUUUAAAGAGAAUGAGUCAUGAAAUUUAUAUGCCAAGGUCUUUGUGCCAAAGACACUUGGCUCUAUUACUUUUGCCACUAUGGUAAAUCCCUUCGUGCUUGCCUUUACAGAUGCUGAAGGGUAUAACAUCGUGGUUAAGAAACACCAGUUCCACUCUUUGAAGUUCAAAAGUGCCUCUCAAGUAGCUCUGAUGGAGGAAGAUCCAAUGUUCAUGGACGCUUUUGAGGAAGAUGAAGGUCUUUUUGAUCGUAUUGGGGAUAUCGAUCAGAGCGAAUAUAUGAAUAAUGAUGAGCCUUCUCAUGUAGUUUAUUAUGCAACUGCAGUCCCACAUGUGAUAUACGACCAGUCAGAGAAGAAAGAUCUGUAUACUUAUAGUUACUCCCUGAACCAUAAUAAGAAGAAGCAUAUAGAUGUUUCUGGAGUUUCUCUGUUUUACGAUUUCUCUCCGCUGACUAUGAGAGUUACAAAGCGUACAAAUUCUUAUGCGAAGUUGAUCAUCAACAUCAGUGCUUCUGUAUGAGGGGUAUAUAGCCUCUUCAGUAUUUUCUCAAUAUAA